CCACUGGGAAGAUCGCAUGCACAGCGCUUGCCUUCGAUUACGAAGUUCUCGGUGGGAUUGCGUUGAAUGAGCCAUCGUUUCCCUCAGCAACCCGAAAUUAAAUUGCGCUUCACGAGGAAGAGAGAGAGAUAGGGCGCCGGAGGGCAGCGAGUUUUUGGCCGGUGCUUGUAGGGGUUGCGUGAUGGGUGUAGCGCCAUUCAAUGGCCGCGGUGUCGGCUUUGGUUUCGGCAUUGGGUGCGGAUUUGGGGUGGGCUGGGGUUUCGGAGGUGCACCAUUGAACACCCUUGGAAUUGGCGUGGGAGGAGGUUGCGGUAUAGGUUUAGGGUUAGGUUGGGGAUUCGGUGCUGGUUUUGGAACUAAGUACCUUGACUCGAAGCUGCGAUUUGAAGGCAUUGAUUUCGAAAAAAUUAAGGAGGAGCAGCAACAGGGUCAGAAAAGGUUAGAAGAGUCUAGCUGACAUAAACUCAACUGACCCCUUUCAGAUUCGGUUAGAAGGUAGGAUAUUCAAAGAGAUGAAGUGACCAUAGAUUUCUAAUAGCGGCCCUGUUUCUUCAAUAUUUGAAACAAUUGAAAUCAGGUAAUCAGAAUGAACUUUACACCAACAUAAUAGCUGCGGAUUACUGCUUACUCCGUGAUGCACUGUGUAUUGUAUACUCGAUAGCUUUGCGUACAGCAUACUUGUGUUGAUUUGUUUGGGUUUUAAAACUUCAUUUCACAAACA